AUGGCCAACACAGAUAAUGGAAAACGCUCAUCUGAGAGCGCUGACUCCGACCAGGCAUCGACGUUUCUCCCUACCAGUGCCGCCUUCAUCGGAUACCGCCCCUUUCCAUCCAUAAUGAAUCUCCACAGCAAUUUCUCAGGAGUAGUCAACGCGCUAAAGACAUUCAAGCUCUGCGGUGCCACCGAAGACGACUUUCUCUACCUCGUCGAGGCACACUUCGGCUUCACUCCCCGCGGCCCCCUUCACUUCGGACCCGGUUACUACCUCCGCAACGGAACCAGCCUCAAGAGCCCCAUACUCGCUGCCACGGGGGAUGAGUUUCCGCUGCCGCUUCUCGUCCAGCUUUUCAGGCCAAAGACGGCGGUAAAGCUUCCCCCGCUAUAUCAGGAGAAGAAUCCCCGCGACAUGAUCACCGAGGUGGUGCACUCCACCACUAGCAAGGAGCAUGGCGUGGCCUUUGGGUUCGAGAUUGAGGUCGGCGUGAAGAGGAUGAUGAGGGAGGCGUUUGAGUGGCGGAAGAUUAGCAGAGGUAGCAGCAACGACAACCAGAACAUGAGUGGCCAAGCGGAGGAGCACGCUGAAACGGGAACUGUGUACACGUUGUACCGUCUUGCACCUGGUCACACUAGCCGACCUUUAUCCGAGGCGGGAUCGUCACGCUCAGCAGCCUCCGCCUCAUGGUUGCCCGCGGCUGAGAGUAAAGUUCAGAUUGUCGCCAAGGUGGUCUUUAGCAACGUGCUGAACUGGAAACAUCCAUUCACGUUGGAGUUGAAACAGGCUGGUCGCACAGGGGAGCUGGGCGAGCGUUGGGCGUUGAUGGUGGUCAUGACUACGUUGAGUCUGUAUUUCCUGCGCCAGGCUGGCAAGACGAACAAGACGACGGUUGGAGCUGCACAGAAAUUGCAUUCAAAGUAG